AGUUGUCAAAUCAAAUAGCAUUUUCAAAAGCAGCCAAAAUAAACUAGGUUUUUGUUACGUUCAUCAGAUUUUCGUUUGGAAAAAAAAAGUUUAUACCAAUUUCUCACGUGUUUGGAGUAUAGUUUCAACGACUUGCCAUGUCCGACCCCAGUUCUAAAGAUACCGUGCUGAAAACAGCAAUGAUUUACGUUUGUGGCGAAUGUCACCACGAAAACGAGAUGCGUCCCCGGGAUCCAAUCCGUUGCCGCGAGUGUGGCUACCGUAUCAUGUACAAAAAGCGAACAAAGCGAUUGGUGGUUUUUGAUGCCCGAUGAGACCAGCAUCGACGCACUUGUAACUAUAAGGAAGCCAACACAGUAAAAUGUUUGUAAAUCUUAAUAAAUGUGAAUAAGUCAACAGAUGUAUCAA